CGUUAUGCUGAAGCCCGCGCGAUGGACUCGUGGAUUCAAAUCGACCGCGUCUCCCAUUACCUGAUGUGAUUCUUGUUCGACGAUCAAUGAUCCUGGCCACGCCAUUAAUAUCGAGCAUCUUCGUAAAAUCAACAGUUUAUUAUUCUUUCUUUUUUUUUUUCUUUUCUUUAAUUGCAUUCCGUCACGUUCGUCGAAAUAUUAGCGAUGCGUCGUGUUUGUCACAAUAUAGACAGAUAAAAAGAAAUUACUCAAGGACUAACGUACUGAAUCAUACGCGCGGCGAUAAUGCGUAAGGCUUCGAAGGGGAUGGCUUUUCGAGCACUGGAAUAGUUAUCAAAAUACACAGCGACCGCAUAAGGUGUCGAGAGAAAAGAAAAAAAUGCGAGCUCGACGACUGGAGACAGAUCGAAGGUGCAUAUGUGAUAGACAACAGUAUUAAGCAAUAUCCAUGCACAUAAGCGGUUACGUGCGGGAACCGGUUCUCUCGAAUCGUUACACUUGAAAGGCUAGUUCCGAACGAUCGAAACAUCGUAAGGUGAAAGUAUUAGAAUGAUAAAAAGAAACAUUCGGAGUACGCAGAUCGAAAAUUUCCCGCUGAAAUUCGGUCAAAGGCACGUGUAACGUGGCUACGAGGAAGAUGCAGGCGUCCUUUAAUCGCGAUUUUGAAAGUGAGACCAAUGUUUGUCCGAAGCUGCUAGCUAACCUAAUUCGAGGCUGAUCGUGUAUCGCGAUCAGAGUCUCUGGCGCGAACGUGACUGCGGAAAAUAAAUUUGUAUCGCCCAUCAUUGUAUAAACGUUCUCUCCUAACCAUCUGAAAAAGUCGUAAGGGGCAGCAGUUUCGAGCAGUUUUGUACCAACAACUUGUUUACAAUGGCUAUACCCAACAACAAGUGGGAGAAUGCUUGCAGACUAUGUUCGGAGGAGAAGAACGAGAUGCUGUCAAUUUUCGGUAACGAGGGAGUGCAACGUAAAGUCGCGCAAAAGUUACGCGCUUGUCUGCCUGUCUUAGUGUACAAAACCGAUCCACUGCCAAAGCAAAUAUGUCAGUUCUGUGCUGCAAGGCUGGACGAUGUUUACGAGUUUAGAGAAUAUUGUCUGAGCGUUUAUAAGAGUAUGCACUUAAAGUUAUUAACAUAUAAGAACAUCGAGUCUGUUCAGAUUUAUCUAGAUGCAAUGAAAAACUCGCCCGAUCCUUGUCAGGCCCAGCUAUGGAGGGAAAAGUCGAGAGCACCGCCACCUUUAGUACCUUUGCCAGCCACACUGCCAGUCGAAUGUCCGUCGACGCCGACAGAUAUUGGUCGAGAACAUCCAAACACUUGUAUCGAAUCAUUACCCGAAUUACCUUGCGAAGUAGAGAUCAAAGAAAUGAAUACAGAACCGAUAUUGGAAACUGAUGUUAAUAUGUACGAAUCGCCGAAUAUAAACAGCAUAGAAAGCGAGUUAUAUAAGACAGACGCGAUAGUAGAUGAUAAUACAAAUUCGUUAAAAGGUGAGAGUACAGAUUCUCAAGAUGAAGUAGAGAUAGAGAAAGAAGAAAAACGGACGAGUAUAUUGGAGCAGGUAUUGAUGGGUAGAGUAACAAUGAACGAUAGAAAGGACUUGAAUUCAAAGGAGAAGCUGUCUUCUAAGUGGUGGUGUGCUCCUUGCAAUAGUUACUACAAAACAAAGGAGGGCUUAGUGAAACAUAUGCAGUUACAUUGUCCAAGAAAGUACACGUGUAGAAAAUGUUCAAUGUGUUUUGAAUUAGUAGAAGAGUUAGCUAAACACGAAGCCACUAGUCACUUGAAAGUGUCUGUAGAUUUUUAUAGAAGCGAUAAAGAUUGCGAUCAAUGCGAUAGACAAUUUGUUAGCUGGGAAAUGUUGAAGCAGCACAGGUUACGCGAUCAUUUGGCCGAAGCGAUCGAAAUUGGUACCAAUACAUGGUGCUCGUUAUGCAAUAGAUUUUUCCCGAACGUAGAAGAUUACGAAAAUCAUACUCAAUUACACGAAGACAGUAACAACACAUCGAUGAAAGCAACCCCAGCGACGGAUCAACAAUCGGUUGCGCUUUCAAAAAUUGAGGAACCUCCGAAGGAAGUAAAGAGAGAACAUUUUGUAGAAGCUACCAAAUCGCUUACAUGUCCUACUUGUGGAAAGGUCUGUACUCAACAAAGCGCAUUGUCGAAUCAUAUGCGUACCCACGAACCUAAGAGACACAAAUGUGAUAUAUGCGGACGAUCUUUUGGACUUCUUAUACGUUUAGCAGCACAUAGAAUGAGCGAACACAGCCAACAGCCUACGAUGUCCCCUGUAACGGGUAGCGUUGAACAAGAGGAAGCAUUCAAUGCUGAGAGAGAAGCCAGAGAAGCUCGAGACGCGAGAACUCGUGCAAGAACCAGAACUUACUGGGAGGCAGUGGAAAGAACGGAUAUUCCCAAUCAAGAAGAACCACCUCCAAAAAGAAAUACCAAUACGUUUAAAAAUGUAGCAAGAUGUGGAAUAUGUUUACAAUGGUUUAGCGAUCAUACCACGAUGUUAACUCAUUUGCAAACACAUUCAGACAACAAUACUUGUAAGAAUUUUACUUGUCACAUAUGUAAGAAAUCUUUCAAGGAAAAAUGGCAAUUAUUUAGACACGAGAUGUCUCACAAGCGUAACGAGUCUGUACCAAUGUAUGUAUGUAAUGUAUGCAAUAAAUCAUUUGUCGACAAGAAUACAUAUAAAAUACACCAGAAAACGCACAUCGUUGAUAAAACAUAUCACUGUUCAAAGUGUAACAAAAUAUUUUUCAAAGAAGUGUCACUGUUGACGCAUCAAUGUACACCGGGAGGUUUGUUCGGUAAAAAAGGAGUUGCCUCGAAGUCGUUGCAAAAAUCUGGAUCAUUGAGUACAGGUAAAAGGUACAAAUGUUCUAAAUGCGAUGCAUCUUUCAAUAGUUUUCAAUCGAAGAAUUCUCAUAUGAGAGUGCAUAUGGAAGGAUCGCAUACAACGGUACGAAAACAUGAAGUACAAGCGGAGGUGGAAGAAGAAGCUAUGCCAAAAUUAAGUCCUGAAACAUCGAUGGAAUACACGUUACCUAUCGAACCGAAAGUGGAGAUAAACGAAGAAAGUACACCAGCCCCCGUUAAACGAACCCUUAUUAGGACAACUGGCGGAUAUCGGUGCGGGGUAUGCCAGUCUCCAUUCGUUUUACGGGAAUUAGCAGUCGCACAUUUGAGAUCUGCACAUCCUCUGAUGCCGUAUCAAUGCCCAUAUUGUAAAAAACGAUUCACAACUCAGUACACGUUUACACAUCAUAUUAAGACAGAUCACCUUGACGAGCACGAGAAUUGAAUCAUACGAGUUACUAGUAGCUCUAAUAUGCCAAACAGUUCUUGUACCAUAAAAUAUGCCUCGAACAGGAGGCAACUUUUGUUCAUAUACGUAACAUAUAAGGUGAUCUUAUAGAAUAAUCUGUACGAUUAUUUUAAUAUCUUGAGAAUAUAUUAACAAAGAUUGUUGAUACAAAAAAAAAUGUUUAGUUGAAAGGAGAGGGUUGUCAUUGACUGUUCUUUCUAAAAAAAAUAUCGUUUCUACAACACGACGAUCACCUAUGAACCGCAUAUGUCUCUGGCCAACAUGUUUUUUAAUAUUUUCUCAACCUUGGGAAAUAAUCGAGUUGGUUUUUUUUAUAAGAAUCAUCCUAUAUACAACAAUUCUCGGUUACACACCGGAGCUGCGUUGUUUUAUAAUCUGGCAUACUAGUUCCUGAUCAAAUAAUUGGCCUUAAACAUUUUGUAGUUCUAUUUCGUGAAAUACGAACAAAAAAAAAUAUAUAUAUAUAUAUAUAUAUAUAUAUA